AUGCGGGCUGCCCACGGGCUCUGGGCAGCGCUGGCCCUGCUCCUGCUGCCGGCCGGCAGCCGGGCCCUGCGCGACGGGGAGUGCGAGGUGUGUGUCACGUUCCUGGGAAGGUUCUACCAGAGUCUAAAGGACAAUGACAUUGAAUUCACACCUGCCAGUAUUGAAAAGGAGCUGUUGAAAUCAUGCAAAGAAGCAAAAGGCAAAGAGAACCGCCUGUGCUAUUACAUUGGGGCCACAAGUGAUGCAGCCACAAAAAUCAUUAAUGAGGUAUCAAAGCCCAUGAGUCAUCACAUCCCUGUGGAAAAGAUCUGCGAGAAACUAAAGAAGAAAGACAGUCAGAUCUGUGAACUAAAAUACGACAAGCAGAUCGACCUGAGCACCGCCGACCUCCGCAAGCUGCGCGUCAAGGAGCUACGGCGGAUCCUGGACGACUGGGGCGAGGCGUGCAAGGGCUGCGCCGAGAAAUCCGACUUCAUCCGCCGGAUCCACGAACUGAUGCCCAAGUACGCGCCGCGGGCCGCCGGCGCCCGGGCGGACCUGUGA